AUGCCACGUGGCAACCUCUCAUUUAUUAAAAAAGAAAAAGAAAAAUUAAAGACACAGAAACCACCACCUCACACCCACCGUCGCUUUUCGUCGCCGCCGGUGAGAAAUACUUCCGCUCCAAACCCAUCCCUCCUCUAUUUUCCGGCCUCGAUCCCCAUCCAAACUCCCACUGUCUCUGUUUGGAUCGCCGGCGUCAACAAACUCUCAUUUGGAUUUAGGUUUCCUUCUUGCUUUGGGGAUCCUACCUUCGCCAUCAGACCCAAUGGCCUAUUCUCCAAUCUCGGCGUCUCAAUUCGUCACUCCGACGACCAGCCGGUGAGAAAUACGUCCCCUCCACACCCAGCCAUCUCCACUACUCCUCCUGUCUCGGUUUCAGUCCAAACCCUCGUAAUCUCCGUUCCGAUUGCCACAUUGUCGCUUAUUCCGUCCCUUUCGCCUUCUCUACCUCCGUUUAUCUCCAUCUAUAAUCUCUUUGUAACUCCCACAUCCAACUAUCUUCCCUCUUCCAUGUCUUUAAAAAUGAAGAACAACUCACGGUCAUCUCCUCGAGGAGAACUUAAACAAUUUUCUAUCCGCAAUUCUCUCUUUCUCUUCUUCCGACCGCCGCAGCCUCAUCACCUCUUAUCAACAGUUUUGUUCCUUCCAUCCUCCGCCCUUUACAUUCGUCACCCCUUUUCCAUCCUUACAUUUGGCGUUGGAACCGUCUCCCACGAGAUGAUGCCUCUUCGUUGUUCAAGCUCUUCAUUGUUGUCACCGACUCGAAGAUUAUGGAGCGAAGCAGUAGCAGCACCAACAACAGGACCCGUAGCAGCACAUUUUCCCAUGAACACACAGAGACUGGACUUACCAUGCGGUAGUAGCUUCACUCGCAAGGAAACUCCAUCGACCCGACCACUCGGAAGAAGCAUCUCACUCGACAACAACAACAGCAAACCGAUCGAGCGCAAGACCAAGGCCAGUUUGAGCAGAGUGAAGAGGAAAAGAGCCGGCGAAACAGAGGAUGAUCACAACAGAGGUUACUGGUUUGAGCAUUUCACAACGCAGAAUCCAUCUCCAGCGUUAAUUAUCGUUUUCUUUGACUUGCUCACCUGA